AUGCCGCAGACACCAGCACAAGAAAUCCGUGUCGUCGGCAGAUUCGAAGAUGACAUUUCAAUCGCAGUCGUGAUCCCGACGUAUAACGAAGCCGAAAACAUUGGCAAUAUCGUUCAACAACUCUUCGACCUAAAGAUCGACAGUCUCGGCGUCCUGUUCGUGGACGAUUCAUCUCCUGAUGGAACAGGGGAGAUCGCUGACGGUCUCGCGAACCAACACCUCGGACGUAUCGUGGUUGCACAUAGAAGCGGCAAACUGGGAUUGGGAACUGCUUAUAUCGCCGGGUUCAAGAUGGCAUUGGAUGCCGGUGCUGCGCACAUCGUUCAGAUGGAUUGCGACUUAUCGCACCCUCCCUCCGAGGUCCCUCAAAUGAUCACAUCGCUUCAACACGCCGACGUCGUCGUCGGAACCCGGUACAGCGAUGGUGGGGCCGUGGACCCCCAUUGGAAGAUGUCACGCGUGCUUCUCAGCAAAUGGGCAAAUUAUGGAAUCCGAGCCAUUUUGGGACUGAAGAUUCACGACGCGACAGGUGGUUUCAAAGCCUUCAACCGAAACGCCCUCGAAGCCAUCGACCUUAACCGGCUCACGAUCACCGGAUUCGGGUUCCAAGUUGAAGUAGCCCAUCGGACGCAGCGAUGCGGAUUGGAAAUCAUUGAACAUCCAUACAUGUUUGUGGAACGCACGGCUGGCAAAUCCAAGAUGUCGAUUCAAAUCGCAGUUGAGGCUUUUUGGCGGUUAACUUUGCUGAGAAUUAAGGCAAACUGA